AUGUUCGGCUGUUGUUGGUGUUGUGCUGCGUUACGUCCAAGAUACAAGAGACUCGUUGAUAAUAUUUUUCCAGUUAAUCCUCAGGAUGGCUUGAUUAAGAAUAAUAUGGAGAAACUAACAUUUUAUUCGUUGAGCAGUCCUGAAAAAUUAGAUAGGAUUGGAGAAUAUCUGUUUCAACGAGCUUCCAGAGAUAUUUACAGGAGACGAAAUGGCUUUGUUGUGAUUGCCAUGGAGGCAAUGGACCAGCUCUUAGUAGCUUGUCACGCGCAAACUCUGAAUUUGUUUGUCGAGAGCUUCUUGAAAAUGGUACAAAAAUUAUUGGAAUCCACGGAUCCUCAAUUACAAAUCCUUGCAACGCAGUCUUUUGUCAGAUUUGCUAAUAUCGAAGAAGAUACUCCCUCGUAUCACACUCGUUACGACUUCUUUGUGUCAAAAUAUUCGGCAAUGUGUCAUUCUAAUAAUGAUGAUCCUAUUACACGCAAGCAAAUUAGGCUUGCUGGAAUUCAAGGCUUACAGUGGUCUAAGCUGGAUUAUGGGCAUUUGGACAAUCAUCAAUUAUGGGUCCCUAACUACUUCGCAAUUCAUACUUUCCGAAUAAUUAUGUUUUCCAUUCAGUCACAAUAUUCCUACACUGUAGUGGAAGCUUUAAUGACGCAUCUUGAUGAUCACUCAAAAUCAUCCCCCAAGAUUCGUACCAGUAUUGCAGAUACUUUGUCUAAAAUUAUAUCAAUUGCUGCAGGUGAAAGUGUUGGACCAUCUGUGUUAGAAAUUAUAAAUUCCUUAUUAUCUCACCUACGAGUUAGUGUGACGAGAAACCAGUCGUCAAGUAGUGACGAGCAAUUGUAUCAGGAAGCUCUUAUUAAUGCUCUUGGAGAGUUCGCAAAUCAUCUUCCAGAUUACCAGAAGAUUGAGAUUAUGAUGUUUAUUAUGAGUAAAGUUCCAUACAGUCAGCCUGAUCGUAUUGUAUCGGUCGGCAAGGGAGAUGUGUUACUUCAAAGCAUACUUUUAAAAUCACUAUUGAAGGUUGGCACCAAGUACCAAACUAUCCACUUGAACACAACGUUCCCACCCAGUUUCUUGGAUCCAUUACUAAGAAUGUCAUUGGCAGCAGAUGCUGAAAUGAGACUUCUUGUACAGAAAAUAUUUCAUACUUUAAUUGACAGACGACGGAAUAUUACAAAACUCGCUAAACCAACUGUGAACGUAGCAGAGCUAGAUCUUGCUAUUGAAAAAGCCUCCAGACCUGAUGUAAUCUUCAUUCGCAAGCAUGGCCCUGAAAUCUACUUGGCGCUGUAUGAAUCAUUAGAGCUGUCUAGUAACACAGUAGAAAAUGUGGAAUCUAUUUAUACCACGCUGGCAUUACUUGCCAUUGAAUUAGCUUCUGAGGAAACAGUAUUAGAGUUACUAAGACUAGUAUUGAGCCUGCAAGACUUGGCAUUGACAAGUGGUCAAAUUAGUGUUCCGCUUAAAUUCAAUUUACACGCAAUAGUUAUCAGCUUACUAAUCUUAAUAUCAUAUGUCUGUAAUAUUACCGCUCUCAUGGAUUAUGCGAAAAAGGUGAUAGAAGCGCGUCGAAACGAUAGUCCUCAUUUACUACCAGAUUUACAAUCUCAAUAUGAUAUUGGUCUAACAUCCAGAUUAGCGCCAACUCUUUUAGUCGACCAAACUGUUGUUAGUGAGUGUCUAAAGGGAGCUGGUCUUGAUAGUGGGAAAUUACAACAAGGUUCGGGCUACAGCGGUAAUUCUUUACAACACAGACAUUCAUGGGUUGAUGCUGGACGGAAUUCACUAGCAGACAUUAAUUCUGGAGGUCCAGAAUUAGAUAGUGGAGGUUCAUCACCAGGUGUGCAAAAGAAAUUACCUGGAGAAGAAUUAACGUUUGAGAGCAUGAAAAGAAUUUUGACAGAAAAUAACAAUAAUCAAGUAAUAGAAGAAGAGAAGCGAAUGCAACUUUCUCAGUUCUUUAGAAAUGCACCAUUCCAGGAUUUAGUAUCAAAGACACAACCAAAGCACGAUGUUUUACAGAGUAAGUUGUCAGAGAUAUUUAAUACGCUGUCUGUCGAUCCGCGCAACACUGUUCCUACGACUGGACCACAGACAGAUACUAAACCAAGUCAAACUCCAGCUUACGAAAUUCAUUUCCCAGAGUUGUUUGUAUAUUAA